GUUUGCGAAUGGAUGCACGGAGUGAUGUGAAUCGGGGAGAAUUCACGUGGAAAAUCAGCUACUUCAAUGAGCAGGAUGCGACCAAGCUUUACUCUGAAGGGUUCACAGUUUCUGGUUGUAAAUGGAGAAUUGUGGUAUUCCCCAAGGGGAGCAACCCGGACCAUUUGUCGCUGUACCUCGACGUCCCUGAUUCUGCGACGUUGCCAAACGGGUGGACCAGAAACACCAAGUUCAGCUUGAGCGUGAUCGAUCAAAUCAAUGAUGUUCGCUCUAUUACAAAUGAGACGCAACAUGAUUUCACUGCAAGAGAGAUUGACUGGGGUUUCAGCAGAUUCAUUCGAUUGACUGAGCUUCGUAAUCUUACUGGGGGAUACCUAGCAAAUGACACUUUGGUGGUUAAAGCCGAAGUUUGCGUCUUAAGAGUUACUCCUCCAGUGAACAUCCAGCCAGCUAGACCAACUGACAUGUUUGACUCCUAUUUCACUGGCCUGGAGGAAUUUGUCAAUGCUGCUGACACUAACGGUGUCAGUGUAGGAUCAACUUCAUGCCACCAAGAUGGUGCUUUGACGGCUGAACUUCCUAGCUUAGAAGAAGUUGAGAAGGCUAAGCAGUCUUUGAAGGAAUGCCUUUCCGAUCUCUUUAAGUUGAAUAUGAAAGAGAGGCUAUUUGAGGCACUAUCAACUUUAAGCUCAGCCAGAAUUAGAUUAUCGUCAGAGCAACAAAUAGCAAUUGAGACAUUUCGGGCUAAUUUCAAUGAUUUCACUUCCGACUUCUUAACAUUCGAGCAGGACAAUGCUGAGUUUGAGCUGCAUAAACUACAAAGGGAUGAAAGGUUCUCUGCUAUGAAGAAGUGCCAAGAAACUCACAUCUUAUAUAAACAGUUAAUGGAGGACCUUGUGAAGAAAGAGGAAGAGCACAAGAGAAAGACGGAGGAAGUGAAGUUUAGGAGAGAGAAGCUUCUCUCAGACUGGGAGAUCUUGCUAGUCGAAUCCGAAGAAGCGAAGUCGGGCUUUAAAGAUGAGCAGAAGAAAGUAGCAGAGGCUGAGGAAAAGAAGAGAAUAGCCGAAGAAAGAAUGUCUAGAUCAACCAAUGCUUGGUCGAAUUUGAAGGCUCAAUUCGGUUAAAACUUUGAAGUUUCAAAUAGGCUGUGAGCCAUUUGUUCACUUAAAGUAUAAAACUGCAUUUUCGCUCGGCU